AUGAACAACUUCACCUUCUCAAGUAGCUUUUUAGUGCAGUUCUACGAUUUACUGCACCCGGGAAUGCUUCAAAUCUACGCCAAUCAGUGCAACUCGAAUCGGGAACUGAUGGAAAUUCGGCAGAAUAUCACCAAAGGGGUAAUUUACGUGCUCAUCGGCAGCACUUACGAGCUCCUCUACUUAUUGUGCAUGUUGGCGAUGUGUCAACGGAAAUUUCUGGGGAUAAUCUGCUAUCGGAUACUCUUUGUGAUUGGCUGCUUCGACAUGCUGGGAUUGAUCUCGAACUCUCUGUUGCCCGGAUAUUUUCUGAUCACCGGGCAAUCGUUCUGUCGGAGCCCGUUGCUCAAUCUAAGCCUUGGGGCGACCUCUUUCCCUUCCUGGGCCGUAUACAGUGGGCUGAGCAUCUCGUUGGCCAUCAAUCGCUAUGUCGACUUUGCUUCUCCGAAUAAACAAAAAAUGUUAUUUGGCGGAAAAAAGGUUAUCCUGUGGACGGGAGUGCCGAUCGUUUAUGGUCUUCUGUUGUAUCUUAAAGUGCCGUCGGCGAUUUACCAUGCCCCAACCGCCAGCUACUAUUUCGGAGUCGAUCCCGCGAAAGCCCAGGCACCAUUUAUCUAUCCGAUCAACAAUGUUUUCGUGGCGGCAUUGGUUUUAUUUCUAAACAUUUCAAUGGUCAAGUCGAUGCUGAACAAAAAUAUCGUCACCAUAACGAAAUCGCAGCGGAUCAUCACCAUGCAAUGCCUGGGCAUCAGUAUGUCGGUGCUGGUGACUGGCUGGCUUUAUGUGAUCAUGCAGUUCAUCCCGAUGCCCAUCUUUAUGAUCACGGUGGCCAACUUGUGCUGGCAAUUCUCGAAUGGCUCGAUGGCAAUUUUCUACCUGACCGUGAAUAAAACGAUGCGAAAAGAAGUGCUGAAAUUGUUGAGAGUCCCUCGUAUGAGGAACAAAAUCUACUCAACGUCUGAUCCGGGAUUUGUCGCAAACUCGAUUCACAAC